AUGCGUUCCAUAGAUAAGACACAGAGUAGAGUGGUGAGGUAUUCAGGGACCACAGAGAUUCAGACUAUCCAGUAUGACAGUCAGGGCCGACCUCUGUUUUCAACUGGAGAUAAUCAAACUGUACUUCACCUGACUGAAAACUCUAAUGGAGAUAUCUGUGUUGCUGACCAUGUCGGAGGUGCAGUCAUUGUGGUUAAUUCUUCUGGGGGGCUACAAUUCAACCAUGUUAACAGCACACCGACCGACCACAGUUUAGUUUCGACAGAUUCAGCUACGAUACAUCAUCUUCUUGACAAACAGAUGUCUUACUUGGAGAAAGAGGUGCAACUACUUACAGAAAAGGUUUCGAGUCUGGAAAGGAAUCGGUCCAAUACUGACACUGAAAUGUCGAGUUUAAAGCAAAAACUUAGAGCUAUUGAACAACGCCUUUUGUCCACCGAACAACAGAAUAUUGAACUAGCCCAGAAAUUAAUAUUAGUGGAAGACCUAUGUAACCGUACGAAUAUUAUUAAUCAAAAUUCGAAUCUUCAGGAAGAGAGACUGAAAAAAAUCGAAAGUGACGUAAGCAACACAGUGUUACUAACACGGACAUUGGCUGUCAAUGGUGAAAAAUAUAGAAACAGAACACUGAAUACAGAACAAAACGUGUCACUUUUAAAAGAUGAACUUCGAAAUGUCCAUUUGUUCUUAAUGGAAACAAGCACCAAAUCAGAGGAACUGAAUUCGACUUUAGAAUGGCAUAUAAACAGUACUACACUGAAAAUUCAAAAAGUUGCAGAUAUUCAGAAUCAUGUCGGAUUUACUGCUGGUGUAACAAUUGACAGCUCAUGGGCUGGUUCAACUCUGGUGUUUAACAAACUAAUAUACAGCAAUGGUGGUGGUUUCGAUACCUCAACAGGCGUAUUCACAUCACCUGUUUCAGGGAUGUUUGUUUUUUAUGUUUCCACAGUCUCAAAGUAUGGCAAUGAUCUAUUUCUGGACAUAGUGUUAAAUGGUGCAAAAAAGGUUAGAACAAUGUCAUGGUAUCCAGGUGGCACGCCUCUUAUUCAAACAGGAACAAAUGCUGUUUUUGUAAAGUUACAGACUGGGGACAGGGUUUGGAUUCAAAAGUACAGUGGUGGAACGUAUCACACAUACAGUGAUGCACCGACUGUCACAUUCACUGGAUUUCAGUUAUAA